AUGAGCUCAACCGCCGCUCCUGCCACGUUCUACAGGAGAUCUUCGCGCUCUGAUUCAACGUCGUCAUCGUCGCACCCAACUAAGAAGGCUGCAUCUAUCUCGAGCAGAGCCGGCAGGAAUGCUCAGUUGAAAGGUGGAUCAAGCAGUCCAGACCGCAAACCACCCAGUACAUAUUUUCGUUACGAACGAAGUCGCUCCCGCAGUCGGCCUGAGAACCACAUCGACUCGAAAUCGCCGGGGUCUAAUCUCAAUAUCAACCGCUGGUCACAUUCGACCUCGAGCAGUGUAUCCGCGCUCGACACCGAGCCUUUUCGAGUCAAAGCGAACACUUCGCGACGGAGAAGUAUUGAGCCUUCGCUAAUGUCGUCGAUUGUGGCAGCUGGAAGGCUCGAACCUCCACAACCGUCGAUGAGAUCUUACAGCCAAAGUCCUACCAGGAGCCACAAUCAAGGGCAUCUCCAGGUGGACCGUGGUUAUCCCUCUCGAGGUGGGAAUUCAGGGGGCGCAUCCCCGCUGACGCCGACGUCCAUGUUCAACCCUAGUUCAAGUGAGUACUUCGGGGAGACGUGGCAGAAAAGAAAUGCCAAAACGGGAGACCCCGUUACGAUGUCCGUUCACUACAUGAAGGCAGGCACCACGGCCAAGAAACCUGUGGAAAACAUUGCCUCACAGUAUAUGGCGCAGCCUGCACGAUCGGGAACUCAGGAGAGAAAUCUCGAGGCCAUAGUUCAAGAUGAUCAGAACGAGACAGUACCAGGCGGCGGACCAGCACGAGCUAAGAGCCACCGAAGUCCUACGCAGAAAACCAUGCUGUCCAAGGCUUUAGCGAGAGCGAACGCUGCAGUACUCUUGGACAAUGCCCAAAAUAUCGAAGGUGCCAUUGAGGCGUACGACGAGGCGUGUGAGCUCCUGCAACAAGUGCUCGUCCGGAGCUCAGACGUGGACGACAGGAAGAAAUUGUCAAACAUCCGGAGCACGUACUCGAACCGAAUAGCGGAAUUGCAUGACCUGGACAACUCCUUCUCCGGGCUGAUGGAGAAAGCCCUGCCAGACGAACCCCCAUUCGAUGAGAACGGCCAGUCCUUUUUCGCAAAUGAGGACCCCGAAGCAGACACGACGGGUGUAUUAGAGUCGGUAAAGAUUCCCCCUCGAGGGGAGUCACUACUACCGGAGAUCUUUGGGGGCGAGACAUUUCUCAAUGAAUCAUCUCGGAAAAGACUCCAGAUGCCCAGUCUGGCGAGUCCCAUGGAUACACAGUACAUGCCACCUCCGCUUUCUCCUCGGAGAGCUCCUUCGCUGUCAUCCGAGAGGGACACAGACACGCCAUUGGCGACUUCGAGGAAAGACGUGGCGAACGGUGUUCUCCACACCCGAGAAGAUAGCACAGAGUCCACGUCUUGGUUGGACACUUUUGAAGACGGCGAUUCCUCGAGAUCCUCACGACUGUCCUCUGUCGACCUUGGGCUCAACAAACCUCUGCAUCUGGCUGAUGAGAUCGAUGCAGAAUUUGAUGCCGCUCUCAGUGCCGCCGUUGAAGCUGCGUAUGAUGAAGACGCUUCCGAAGAUGCAACCCCAAGGCCAGAUAGACUUGCACAGGAGUCGUUCUCCACCAUCCUGCCUCCCCUGCAGUCGAUUUUCCACUCGUCGAAUCUGGGUAUCACGAGUGAGUACGACGAGGGGGAUUCGUCCGACGAAGAAGAAAGGAUGCUCGAGGAGAUGACGAAAGGCUAUGUUUUCGAUGAUUUCUCGUUCGACGACAAAUCUAAAUCUGCUCUGCCUCGACAGUCCGAUUCGAGCACGGUUUCCGGUCGUACCUGGACUGGCUCGCUUACGUCCACGACUCCAACCAACGCUACAACAUUGAGCACUCUCAAGGAAUCCUACGAGCCUGCCUCUGAGCUUUCACCUCGGCCCACUCCGCCUGCGAAGGACACCCCUCCGCUGACGAUGCCGCCGAGGACUGCGCUUCCUCCCACUCCUGUUCUACCGGCUCCCAAGCCAAUAAGCAGGCCACUGAGUAUCGAAAAGCCCAGUGGACUUGGCAUUCGCGAGAGAAGGUUUUCGGGGCGAACUGGGGAGCAACUCAAGAUCGAGACAUUCGCCCGGAGCGGUUCUUCUGCCCAGCCACCAAAACCGGGGGAUGAGCCAACAAGUUCUACUGUCCAAGCACCCUCCUCUGUGGCUCAGAAGUUGCCUCACACCGCACCGUUGGAAGCCACCGGCUCUUUGCUCAGAGGAGAUCCUCCACCACCAAUGACAACUAUGCCGUCAAUGGAAUCCUUCCAGAGCGAAUCGCCAGCGACUCCAGCCUUGACCCAGGGCGGCUCCCAAGGAAGCAUGGAUGAGUCUAUGGUCCCCCCGUCACCCACGAGACUCGGGAAGAUGGUCUCGCCGCAGAAUGGGAUCAAGAAGAACCAUUCAUCUACGAGUCUCAGGAUGAGGAAUCUGUCCAUUGCCACGACCGACACUAACAACGAGUCUCCGGUUACUCCAGGCAGUAGCGGUGCCAAUGGCGAAGGGCGAACGAUUCCACCGCCCUUGCCUUCCGCGGCGCUACCGACCCCGUCCACCGCUGCUUUCGGUCCCCAACUCCUUCAUUCGGGGGGCAUGUACCUCUUUGAUGACCACACCGCAGUUCUCGCCUUCCCUGAGCUCUCAAGUCAACUGCUCAACCCACCCCAGCCACUCGAGCCAUGUCCCGAGUCGUCACUGCUGCGCCCAUUCUGGCUGAUGCGGUGCUUGUACCAGACACUUGCUCAUCCUCGGGGUGGAUGUUUGACUACAAAACUGUUCAUUCCUCGAGAUGUUUGGCGUGUUCGAAACGUCAAGCUGAAAUCCGUCGAGGAUAAGGUCUCGCAAUGUGAUCUGUUAACUGCGGCGCUCCUGAAAUUCACCAAGGUGGACACACUCGACGCGGACGCGAUGCUCGAAGAACUGCAGUCCUUCGAGAGCGUCUUAGAUCAAGUGCGGAUCACGCUGCUGAAGAAACUCGGCAGUGAUGUUGGAUUUGGUGGAUCCACCGGCAUGUUCAAAGGCGGAAAGGAAGAACAGGAGGGAAAGUCGGGCAACGCAGCGACAAAGACGUUCGCAUCCAGCUGGCGAAAACUUCGAUCCAAGUCGAGUGCGCCCGCCAUGGGGUCGAAUGGGGCCAAAGACACGUCUACGUCGAGCCUGACGAUGCCAACGGUGCCGAUGACUUCGUCCAGCUCGGUCCAUUCUUCUCGCUCACACCACAAUCGGAAAGUGGUACCGCCACCCACCCCGUCCGCCUUGCCCAAUAUUCAGCCCAGUCACGCGACGUACAUGUCUAGUCUUGCGCGCCUCUUUGACGCGGCGCAGGUUCUGGAUGGGAUCGCAAGACAAGUGGAGGACCCGGGAUUGAAAUGCAGCAACAAGACCCAAGUUGGGUUGGAACUAGGAGUGAAGAACGCGGCCGAGUUUUUCGCCUUUUACAUCAUUCGCUUCGUCAUGACAGAUUUAAUGUUGAUGGUCGACAAAUUUGUCAAAAGGGGAUCCGAGUGGGUGAUGACUUGA